CUUAGAAGGCCCGAGCAAAGCGCGCGACUUUACAACCGAACUUUGGCAAUUUGGGGACAUCUCUUUCUUUGGGACCUCAUUUAACUGUUUUUACUUGUCUUGUUCGUCUUCUUCUUUUACUCCCAUUCCGGCUGUUGCUCCCGAAUCACAACUACAAGUCGUUAUUUUGACGUUCAACGUUAUCCACCAGCUCUUUUUGUGUACCUCAUACAUUCACCCACGUUUUGCAACGCUGCCGAAACUCCCAAUAGCCACACCUCUUAAGAGCUAAUUGUAGACAGUGUCGCAUGCCCUGCCAUGACUCCUUUCUUCCCUUCCGGUUCCGUAGAGCACGACAACGACGAACCGCCAAGUCGUCGCCGCACUCGGUUUGCGUCUGAUUCCUUCUCCAUGCCCCGCCCUCCAAGCGAUUUACUGUGGGAAAAUGGGGCUUUUGACGAAGAAGUAUCUGGAAUAUUGCGCGAGGAUGACGGUGGGAAGCGAGUGUCGUUUGCCCCUACGUUAGCCUCUCUUCCUAUUGUGGAGGAAGUGAAUGGUGCAAACACGGCAAACGAGGUGGCGGAGACUGAUAGCGAGGCUUCAUCGGACUCUGAACCAGAUGAGCGCACACCCGUACUUCCAACAUUUAUCCGCCGUCCACGCCCACCCCUUCGCAGCGCAACCACCAUAGAGACGGAUUCGUCACGCCGAAAUACCUGGCAUCCAUUCACACUCCCACGGAUAGCCUCAGGCCCCAGAUCAGCCACCAGCCGUCAGAGCAUCUGGGGCUACGGCUCAAUAGCGACGGAAAGCACAGACGAUGAAGCACAAUUAAGAAGGCCCUCUCGAGCCCGGGCUCAAUGGCGAAAGUCCUUCAUCUUCUCCAAGCGUAAGAGCGCGGUCUAUGACGAUGAAGGGACUGACAAUGUCAUGGGAACCGGGAUGAGAGUGUGGUAUGAAGAUUAUACGACGAUUGACUGGAUACACGACACAGUCAAGGAACGUGUACGGCUCCGCUCUCUUCGCAGUAUACCAGGAUUGAAAGGACGGUUGAUGAAUCAUCUGGAUGCGGCACAAGCAUGGAUCUUGCUCGCCUUGAUUGGAAUAGCAUGCGGGUGCAUUGCCUCUUUUAUCGACAUUGCAUACACCUUCCUGUCGGACUUGAGAACCGGCUACUGUGGAACCGAUAUCUGGAGAAGCAGACGCAGCUGUUGCGUUGCUUCGUCAUCUGAAAUAUGCACAAGUUGGGUUACAUGGCCUGACCAUUUCAAUCUACAUCCCAUCUCCCCGUUUACCCACUACACAUCUUAUAUCAUGUACACCGUUACCGGCAUAUUAUUUGCAACGGCUUCCGCACUGGUCGUAAAGCUCUCAAAGACCGACUCCACCUCGUCGUCAUCAGGCGAAGGAGCAUCGAGCGAACCUUCGUGGGUGACUACGGCCAGAGCACAGCGGGGCCUGCGAAGAAGUAGAAGCAGAGACCACAGUAUGAAACAGCAGAAGAAAGUGAAAUACCAUGCUGCUGGAAGUGGAAUACCAGAAGUGAAAACUAUCCUUGGCGGCUUUGUUAUAAGAGGAUUCUUGGGAUUUAGAACGCUGGUUGUCAAAGUUUUUGCUUUGAUCCUCUCCAUUUCAUCAGGACUUGUCAUUGGCGCACAAGGACCGUUAGUCCACAUUUCUUGUGCUGUGGGUAAUGUCUUAUCCAGAAUGUUUAACAAGUACGCUAAGAAUGAAGGAAAGAGGCGUGAGAUUCUCUCUGCAGCAUCUGCCGCCGGAGUGUCUGUCGCUUUUGGAGCGCCGUUGGGUGGGGUCCUGUUCGCAUUGGAAGAAGUUAGCUACUACUUUCCGCUGAAGACAAUGUGGAGAAGUUUCUUUUGCGCACUUUGUGCUGCCGGUACCGUGCGACUCAUCAAUCCUAUUGGAUCUGGGAAAGUUGUCCUGUUCCAAGUGGAGUGGGAGGGUGACACCCAAUUAGGAGGCGUCUGGAGAGUGUGGGAGAUUAUCCCGUUUGCGCUGGUUGGCAUUUUAGGGGGAGUUUAUGGUGCAUUGUUCGUACGAUUGACCGCGGCAUGGUCUCGUAUCCGAGCACGUUCGUGGUUUGGCAGACGGCAUGUUUUGGAGGUGUUCAUCAUCGCUGCCAUAACUGGGGCGGUUAGCUUUCUCUGGGAUUUGACAAGAAUGGGCAAUGGCGAACUUGUUGGAGAGCUCUUUGCCCAAUGUACAUCUUCCACAAUGAACUCGCCACUUUGUCGCACGAAAAGUAUCUCAUCUACACUUGAAAUUCUCGCGAUCACACUUGCUGUAAAGGUUGUGUUGACGGUCAUCACGUUCGGCGUGAAGGUGCCAGCCGGCAUUUUCAUCCCUUCCAUGUGUGUCGGAGCUUUAAUGGGACGCAUGGUCGGAGUUUCCGUUCAAUGGAUAGUUGGGACGUAUCCUGAUUAUUGGAUGUUUGACUCAUGUCGAGGAGAGAAUCUUGGUGUGUUGGGUGGGCCGUCUUGUGUUGUACCCGGUGUCUACGCGGUUGUUGGUGCGGCUGCUGCCGUUAGUGGGGUUACGAGAAUGACAGUAUCAUUAACGGUCAUCAUUCUCGAAUUGACGGGUUCUCUUCCAUCCCUCCUCCCGGCUAUGUUGAGCAUCAUGCUUGCAAAAUGGGUAGGUGAUGCCAUUGCUCCGAUGGGUCUCUACGAGACUGCCAUCUUCGACAGUGGGUAUCCGUACCUGGACGCAAAGCGCGGUGUGCGAGCAAAGGGGGGCAAAGGAUGGACUGUUGUGGAUGUGAUGGAAGCCGGAAAGAAAAGAGGAAAGAGCAUUGCCGUUAUUAGAUGUGGGACAAAGUACACCAUUGAUGAUUUGGAAAGUUUGGCAAAGGGAACUACCAAUGCAGGAGCCAGAUCCGGCCGAUCAGCUGUCAAUAAUGGGCAGCAGGAAGAUGGCGGAUUCCCGGUUGUUGAAGGAAGCGAUGUCCUAGUCGGAUACAUUGCAACUCCAGAGUUGCUCCACGCCAUACACCUCGUCAAAACAUCCCCAAACCCCAUGUGGCCGAUUAUCUUCAAACGUCCCCCUCCUGUGGCCAGUGUCACCGAGCGAGAUAAAAUGAUGUCCCAGGUGGAACGGAUUGUGGAUCUGGAAGGAUUGCUAAAUGCAGUCGCCAGCAGUGCAGGGUUAGGCGGCAGAGGGAGAAGUCCCGUCGGAAGAGGAGGCUGGAGAUCACCAACCCUAGAACAUAGCAUCGAGCGAGGAUCAGCACAAUCUCUGAUCAGACCAUCGUCGCCACCUACACAAGCGCCUUUACAUCCUAUUUCAUACACACCUGCCACAACACCCAGCCUCACCCCACGAACCCCACAUGAGCCUAUAUCACCAGAAUCCAGCGAUACGGAAUCUGAGGUUCACGAUUUCACACCAUGGAUGGACACUGCCCCGCUUUCCGUCCCACACACCACCUCCCUAGAUCUAGUUCACGAGCUUUUCGUAAAGUUGGGGAUAAAGACCCUCUGUGUCGUAUGUGAUGGGAAAUUGGUCGGCGUGGUGCACAAAAAGGGUGUUGUUGCAUUUGUAAGAGAGGUUAGUGAGCGUAGUGGAGAAGGAGAUUGAUUUAGUAGUUAGUUGCGAGAGACAGUUGUGAUCGUGUUUAGGUUAUGUCGCUUGUUUCUAGUGCUUGUGAUGCAUAGACUAUUUUCCUUUUUCAAUAAUAAUUAAUCUUGAUGCAAGA